UAGCUGGACAAUUCAAGAUGGCUGUUGUCUGCUGACAGAAGGGGAGUUGUUUUCAACUCAAAAGUAGGCAGGCUUUUUAACGUUAUCAAUCCAAAAUUAAAGAGUUCGCAUUGUUAGCUCGUCUCGACGCUGGUCCGCUAUGGCCCAGUGUGUCCAGUCUGUGCAGGAGUUCAUCCAGGACUCGUUUGUCCCGAUGGUGGCCGUCUUAUGCAGCGAAGAUGCGGAGAAAGUGACUCGCAAAAACAACCUGAAUUUCGCAGAGCUGGUCCGGCCCUUCUGCAGGCUAACAUCUGAGGGUCACAUACGGGACCCCAACAACAUGGUGCAGCCUGUGAAGAAUCUGCGCAUUAGUGUCAACAACGUGGUAACCCGGCCCACCCCGGGCUCUGGCACCCUCAGCCCCGCCCAGCGCCGACUGCUUAGCGAAGUGGUGUUAUCCUGCCAGCCACCAGAGGGCGGCGUGGCCAAUGUGGUCACGGCGGGAAACUAUGACCUCAACUUUAAUGAUCGCUCUCUUAAAGCUAGCGCCCCCUGGUACAGUGCCUGGAGAGAAACACUGUUGGAGCUCAGCACCUCCAAGCUCUACACAGUGACUACACCUUGGUUUGAAGCGUACAGAGAGAACUUCUUGCAGUCUAUGCCUGCCUCUGACCACGAGUUCCUCAAUCACUACCUCGCCUGCCUGCUGGUGGUGUCCUCCAGUGAGGCAGUUCCUGUGGAGCAGUUCCUCAAGCUUUCCCAGGAGCAGCACAGGAUUCAGCACAGCGGAGAAUACACAAACCCCAAGUGGUUCAUCCCCAACACGCUCAAGUACUACGUCUUACUACAUGACAUGAGCGAGGGUGACGAACAGAGGGCAGACGCUGUGUAUGAGGAUAUGAAACAGAGAUAUGGUGCUCAAGGCUGCUAUCUGUUGAAAGUGAACUCGCGCACGUUCUCUGCUGGGGCGGAUGAACAGAUCCCAGACCCCUGGAGUCAGUACCUGCACAGGAACAACAUGCACACUCAGGACAUAUAUGAUGAGCCAGUGAACAAUGCUACCGUUGAGAAUAAUGUCAGUGCAUCUGGAAGGGACUUGAAUGACACAACAGAGAAAGAUGGUGUGUCCAACAGCCUGGAUGGCCAUCCUCUCCAGCUGGAUGCAGCCAGUGACUCGGGGAGCCUGGACGCCCUUGAUGCUAUGACCUCUGACCCCAAGAGAGGCACUGGGGGCCCGGUGGCAGGGGUGGUGAGCCAUGGGGCCUGCCUUACCCUCAGCGACCAUGAUCGCAUCCGACAGUUCAUACAGGAGUUCACAUUCAGAGGACUGCUGCCACACAUAGAGAAGAAUAUCAGACAGCUCAAUGAUCAGCUGGUGUCGAGGAAGGGCCUGAGUCGAUCUCUGUUCUCCGCUACCAAGAAGUGGUUUGGUGGAGGAAAAGUUCCAGAAAAGAGCAUCAGUGAACUAAAGAGCACAUCUGGCCUCCUCUAUCCCCCAGAAGCCCCGGAGCUACAGAUAAGGAAAAUGGCGGACCUGUGUUUCCUGGUUCAACAUUAUGAACUGGCCUACAGCUGCUACCACACUGCCAAGAAAGACUUCCUGUCUGACCAGGCCAUGCUGUACGCUGCAGGGGCAUUGGAAAUGGCUGCAGUGUCAGCAUUCCUGCAGACUGGAGCUCCAAGGCCAUACCCAGCACACUACAUGGACACAGCAAUACAGACCUACAGAGAUGUCUGCAAGAACAUGGUCCUAGCAGAGCGCUGUGCUCUGCUCAGUGCUGAGAUACUGAAGAGUCAGGGGAAAUACUCUGAUGCUGCAACUCUCCUCAUCAAGAUGACCAGUGAGGACUCAGACCUGCGCAGUGCUUUGCUGUUGGAGCAGGCAGGCCACUGCUUCAUUAACAUGCGUAACCCCAUGGUGCGCAAGUUUGCCUUCCAUAUGAUCCUAGCUGGCCAUCGUUUCAGCAAAGCAGGACAGAAGAGGCAUGCAUUGCGGUGUUACUGCCAGGCCAUGCAGGUGUAUAAAGGGAAGGGCUGGUCUUUGGCAGAGGACCAUAUCAACUUCACUAUUGGCCGUCAGUCCUUCACACUGCGCCAGCCAGAGAAUGCUGUGUCAGCAUUCAGACACAUCUUGACCAAUGACAGCCAGCAGACGGCCACACAGCAGGGGGCCUUCCUCAGAGAGUACCUCUAUGUUUACAAGAGUGUAAUGGAGGGAAGUGAAGCUGGCCUUCCCCAGCUCCCCCUGCCUUGCAUCAACAGCUCAGCCACACGGGUAUACUUUGGCCACGAACGGCGUCUUGCAGAAGGUGAAAAACAAGCCGCCACUCACGUGUCGCUGGACCAGGAGUAUGACCAGGACUUGGCUGCGAUGUGGUGCCACCUAGAGGAGCAGGUUGUGGCCGCUGCCAACCGAGGUGUCGUCCCAGUCAACUUUCAGCCCACCCAGUGUUGCCUGAACAGCCAGACAGACAACCUGCGCUUCCCUUUGGCUGUGGUAGAAGAGCCCAUCAUAGUGGAGGUGACCUUCAGGAACCCUCUGAAGGUUCCUCUGGUUCUUUCAGACCUUUCCUUGCUCUGGAAGUUCACUGCCAAGGACUUCUCUAAAGCGCAGGAUGUUCUGACAGGAGAGGCGACAGGAGAGGCCAUCACCAAUGAAAAGGAGGUGCUGGCUCCCACGACGGCACAGAAGAGUGAUGUCAUUACCAGUGAAGUUAUCCCAGAGUUUCUUAUCAGCCCAGAGGAGACCAAAGUGGCUCGUCUAAAGCUGUUGCCGCACAAGACUGGCCAGCUCAACAUCCUGGGUGUGGCCUACAACCUCGCUACCAGCUCCUCUGGAGAUAUGUCUCAUAGCACUGAAGGUCAGCAGACAUUAGAUUUGUUGGUGGUUCGUGGCAGACAGGACCUGGAGAUCCGUGGCCCACGGCUCAACCACACCAAAGAAGACAAGACAUUGGUUCGCCAUGGUCCUGAUCGGCGUCUUGAUCCCAUCAUAACACCAGCCAUGCCCCUGAUGGAGGUCUUCUUCCUGCAGUUUCCCACUGCCCUUCUCUGUGGGGAGAUCAGGAAGGCGUACGUUGAGUUCUGUAACGUCAGCAGCGUUGCUCUGUGCGGUCUGCGGGUUGCGUCGACACACCCGGACUUCUUUACCUUCGGUGGCCAGGCGACAACGCCUCUCACCCCCGUCAGCCCGACAUCAGCUGAGAACUGCUCUGCCUAUAAAACCCUGGUCACGCACCACGGGGGCCAGUCAAGCUCAACAGCAGCUGUGAAGUUGGUGUCGGCGGAGGAUUUCGGCCAGACGUCCGGCGUGGUCGAGAUACCGGUAGAGGGCGGGACUCUUCGGCCAGGGGAGUCGACGCAGUUGCCCCUGUGGCUCCGAGGACCAGACCAAGAGGGAGUCCAUGAAAUCAACUUCCUCUUCUACUAUGAGAGCACUGAAAAGGGAGGCAAAAUCAGCCACCGGGUGUUGCGUCACACAGUGUUUAUCUGCGCCAGUCGGUCUCUGAGCGUCCGAGCGUCCGCCUACCGCAGCAGUAUCCCCCUGGACCAGAGUCAGAGUCAGACCAGAGAGGAGGAAACCAGCGGCAGCAUGCUGGUCUUCAUCGAUGUUGAGAACAUCAACACGAGUGAAGCUGGCGUGCGUGAAUUCCACAUCGUCCAGGUGUCCAGCAGCAGUAAACACUGGUGGCUUCACAAGUGCAUCAACCCAGCCAAGGAAAAAGACUAUAAACUCACCAGCAGAGAAAGAGCCAAGCUGUGCUUCAGGGCCACCCGAUGCAAACCCCAUCAAGACACAUCAGAUGCGGUAGAGAAAUACUCUUUUGCUGACCUGAAUCUGGGAAACGAAAGGAUCAUCAGUUCCACCACACCGUGCGGCGACUUCUUCUUCCGAUGCUGUCAGACAUCGGAGUCUCGGCGAGCUGGUGCAGCUUCGGCAGAGUCAUCCUCCCACGGCAGGACCCAGGGGCUGGGCGCGGCUGCAGGCGGGACCACUGACCUCGCAAGUGUAUUCAAGAAGUGUAAUGAGCUGGAUCUCAACAUCAUCAUCCUCUGGAAGGCCUAUGUGGUUGAGGACAACAAGCAGCUGAUUCUGGAAGGCCAGCUCCAUGUGGCGCUUCAGACCAUCGGGAAAGAGGCCUGCUCCCCAACUCAGAAAGAGGAGGCUCAGGAAAUGGUGCUGCUCAAGUUCAAAUCGGAGUUGCCUCCUCCAGUGAUCCAACCCUCCAUUGAACAACUGUCCCACCUCAUAAAAACCAACCUGACCUACCCUGAAACCUACAGCCACCCAUUUGUCCAGGAAAGCCUCUGUGUGGUUCCAGUCACGUUGACCCUCUCCAACUGCUCCUUGGCUCAAGUUGAUGUCGUCAUUGACCUGCGGCACAAAACCAGCCCUCCUUCCUUCAAUCCUGAGUCUCUAGAGGUCCAUAGUUCCUUCACCUGGCUGGGUCAGACGCAGUACAAGCUGCAGCUGAAGGCUCAGGAGGUGCUGUGCCUGGCAUUGCGGGCAUGUUUCCUUCAGACGGGCGUUUAUAACCUCAACACACCACGAGUCUUUGCCAAGCCAGCCAACCAAGGCGUCAUGUGCGAGACCAGUCAGCAGACAGCCAGUCCUGCACUCAUCAUCAUCAACAAUGCCUGAGCCAUGCAUCGUGAAACACGGCAGGUCCAUCAUCCAGCAGACAUAAGGACUUGGGGUCUCUGGAUGUUGUGGAGCCCUGGUCUUCAGCUAAUUCUCCACGCACUUGACCAGUUUUCCUCUCCUUCUUCACUAUUAAUACUCUACUAUGGACAGCAGGAAAAACAGUUGUUUUGUACUUCGUAGUAAAAUGGAAGAAGGCUUAUUUAAAAUGAACAGCUAGACUUUUUUGAGAAUGUAUCAUGGAUCAAUUGAGCUUGCAGAUGCAGUGGUCAGGCGGUUUAUGAACUUCAAGUGUCUGUUUUAUGUCUCAGCAACCAAGCAUCAAAGAGUUUCAACUGGACAGUCCUAGCUCGUGUUGUGUUUUCACACUGACCGGCGGAAACUUGAUACAGGAUUGCACAUGAAACCGCACUGGAGUUAUGAAGUCAUUUGGAUGUCCAUCUUUAUUGGCUCUGUACAUUUGGUUUCAGCAGACUGGGAUCCAGUUCAAGACAUGGUGGACUGUUUGAUGCUGCUGCCAUGUUUUCAGCUGUUUCACUCUGACUGCAGGCCGCUGUCAAGAACCGGACUGAUGCUUUGUCUAUUCUGAUCCUUCCUCUUCCUUAACUAUUCCAUUCUGCACAUACACAGUAUUGGGGCUGACACUGUAAUGGAAUUCUGGCUGGCAAAAGACAUUUGAUGAAAAAAUUGGUUUAUAAAAUUCUUUAUUUAAUUCUAUCGUUUGCAAUGGUAUCAAAGUAGUUUUGAAUUUUCUGUUUUUUAGUUAUCAUGACGACGCUAUGUGGACUGUUUACUUCCUGAAUAUCCUGGAUGAGAGCCCCACCCCCCACCCAACCACUAAACCACUUAAAGCCUGCCUGUGGCUGACAAACCCAUGUUACUGCCCAUUCAGCCAUCUGCGUGUACCUGUCGAGCCCUCUGUUGAUUCUAUAGAAUAAGAUGUCUUAUGCAAAUACAUUUAAUUUUAAACCAACACUGCAAUCAGUCGAAUCAAUAUAUUACCCCCCCAACUCUCGUGUUUGACCUGUCCAUAUUGUGAUCUAGCUGUUGUAUUUACUCAACUGCUUUUCUGAAAAUUGUAUUAUAUUUAUAUAACAAAUUGAAUGUAAAUAGAAAAUAAAAGUGUAACCAAUGAUUUGUGAUUUCGAUAAUUUCCAGGUCUAUGGAAAAUACAGUAAAGUGUUUUUUAACAAGU